AUGCCUGAUCAAGAUAAAAAGGUGAAGACCACAGAAAAAUCAACUGAUAAAAAACAGCAAGGAAUCACCACCAGGGACUAUUCAGAUCUUAAAAGACUUCGUUGCCUUUUGAACGUCCAGUCAAGCAAACAACAGCUUCCAGCCAUUAACUUCGAUAGUGCCCAAAAUAGCAUGACGAAGACCGAGCAUGCCAUCAAGGUGGGUGGACACAGAGCCCGAGGUCAGUGGCAUGAGUCCACAGAAGCUGUUGAACUUGAAAAUUUUAGUAUAAACUACAAGAAUGAGAGAAACUUCAGCAAACAUCCCCAGCAUAAACUAUUUCAGGAGAUCUUUACAGCCUUGGUGAGAAAUAGACUCAUCUGCAGAGAGUGGGUUCAUCGAGCCCCAUCUCUUCAUUUUCUGAGAGUGUUAAUCUGUCUGAGACUACUAAUGAGGGAUCCGUGUUACCAGGAAACACUCCAUAGCUUGGGUGGAAUUGAAAACCUAGCUCAGUACAUGGAGAUUGUGGCCAAUGAGUACCUCGGCUUCGGAGAGGAGCCGCACAGUGUGGACAAGCUGGUCAACAUGACGUAUAUUUUUCAGAAACUUGCUGCUGUCAAAGACCAAAGAGAAUGGGUCACCACAAGUGGAGCCCAUAAGACAUUAGUAAAUUUACUUGGUGCCCGAGAUACUAAUGUUUUGUUGGGUGCCCUUCUGGCUCUGGCUAGUUUAGCUGAAAGUCCAGAAUGUAGGGAGAAGAUAAGUGAACUCAACAUUGUAGAAAAUCUGCUGAUGAUUUUGCAUGAAUAUGACUUGCUUUCCAAAAGACUAACUGCGGAGUUAUUGCGCCUACUUUGUGCUGAACCCCAAGUGAAAGAGCAGGUGAAGCUCUAUGAGGGGAUACCUGUCCUCCUGAGUCUGCUCCACUCUGACCACCUGAAGCUGCUCUGGAGUGUUGUCUGGAUUCUGGUUCAGGUUUGUGAGGACCCUGAGACCAGUGUGGAAAUUCGCAUUUGGGGAGGCAUCAAGCAGCUCCUUCAUAUUUUACGAGGAGACAGAAAUUUUGUUUCCGAUCGUUCUUCCAUUGGCAGCCUGUCUAGUGCAAAUGCAGCGGGCAGAAUCCAGCAGCUUCAUUUGUCAGAAGAUUUAAGCCCUCGGGAAAUACAAGAAAAUACUUUUUCUCUUCAAGCAGCCUGCUGUGCCGCCCUCACCGAGCUGGUGCUCAACGACACCAAUGCCCACCAGGUGGUCCAGGAAAAUGGUGUAUAUACAAUAGCAAAGCUAAUUUUACCAAACAAACAAAAGAAUGCAGCAAAAAUGAAUCUAUUACAGUGUUAUGCAUUCAGAGCCUUGAGGUUUCUCUUCAGUAUGGAAAGAAACAGACCACUCUUUAAAAGACUUUUCCCCACUGACUUGUUUGAGAUCUUCAUCGAUAUAGGACAUUAUGUUCGUGAUAUCAGUGCUUAUGAAGAAUUGGUAUCAAAGUUGAAUUUGUUAGUGGAGGAUGAACUGAAGCAAAUCGCUGAAAAUCUUGAAAGCAUUAAUCAGAAUAAAGCUCCUUCGAAAUAUAUAGGCAACUAUGCGAUUUUGGAUCAUCUUGGAAGUGGAGCUUUUGGCUGUGUCUACAAGGUUAGAAAGCGUAGUGGCCAAAAUCUUUUAGCAAUGAAAGAAGUCAAUUUACAUAACCCAGCAUUUGGAAAGGAUAAAAAAGACCGAGACAGCAGUGUAAAGAAUAUUGUUUCUGAAUUAACAAUAAUUAAAGAGCAGCUCUAUCAUCCCAAUGUUGUACGCUAUUACAAAACAUUUCUGGAAAAUGAUAGGUUGUAUAUAGUUAUGGAGCUUAUAGAAGGGGUCCCUCUUGGAGAGCAUUUCAGUUCUUUGAAGGAAAAACAACAUCAUUUUGUUGAAGAAAGACUAUGGAAAAUAUUUAUACAGCUGUGCUUAGCUCUUCGGUACUUACACAAGGAGAAGAGGAUUGUGCAUAGAGAUCUGACACCAAACAACAUUAUGUUGGGGGACAAAGACAAAGUAACAGUUACUGACUUUGGGCUGGCAAAGCAAAAACAAGAAAACAGUAAACUCACGUCUGUUGUUGGAACAAUCCUGUAUUCCUGCCCCGAGGUACUGAAGAGUGAGCCGUAUGGGGAGAAGGCUGAUGUCUGGGCGGCCGGCUGCAUCCUUUAUCAGAUGGCAACUCUGAAUCCCCCCUUCUAUAGCACCAACAUGCUCUCCCUGGCUACAAAAAUAGUGGAGGCAGUGUAUGAACCGGUGCCAGAAGGCAUCUACUCUGAGAAAGUGACAGAUACCAUCAGCAGGUGCCUCACUCCUGAUGCAGAAGCCCGCCCAGAUAUUGUAGAAGUCAGCUCAAUGAUAUCAGACGUCAUGAUGAAGUAUUUAGACAACUUGUCUACAUCCCAGCUGGCUUUGGAGAAGAAGCUGGAACGGGAACGGAAGCGUACACAGAGGUACUUUAUGGAAGCCAACCGGAAUGCUGUCACAUGUCACCAUGAGCUGGCUCUGUUAUGUCAUGAGACCUUCGAGAAGGCGAGCCUGAGCAGCAGCAGCAGUGGGGCCGCCAGCCUGAAAAGCGAACUCUCAGAGAGCGCAGACCUGCCCCCCGAGGGCUUCCAGGCCCCCGGCAGUAAGGAGGAAGACAGGGCCUGCGAUGAAAUCCUGUCAGAGGAGAACUUCAACUUGGAAAAUAUCGAGAAAGAUAUGUACUCAGAGCUAGAUGAUGAACUGGACAUUUUGGACAACUCCAGCAGCUCCAGUUCAAGCCCUUUAAAAGAAUCUACAUUCAGCAUUUUAAAGAGAAGUUUUAGUACCUCAGGAGGAGAAAGACAAUCCCAAACAAGGGACUUCACUGGUGGAUUAGGAUCCAGACCAAGACCAGCUGUGCUGCCUCUUGACCUGCUUCUGAAAGUACCACCCCUCAUGCUCAGGGCCCACGUUAAGGAGAUAGAGGCCGAGUUAGUGACAGGGUGGCAGUCCCAUAGCCUUCCCGCUGUGAUUCUUCGCAAUCUCAAAGAUCAUGGGCCACAGAUGAGCACAUUCUUGUGGCAAGCGUCUGCAGGGAUUGCUGUGUCCCAGAGGAAAGUACGACAGAUCAGCGAUCCUAUUCAGCAGAUCUUAAUUCAGCUGCACAAAAUCAUCUACAUCACACAGCUUCCUCCAGCUUUGCACCACAAUUUGAAAAGAAGGGUUAUAGAGAGAUUCAAGAAAUCCCUCUUCAGCCAGCAGAGUAACCCUUGCAAUUUGAAAUCUGAAAUUAAAAAGUUAUCUCAGGGAUCUCCAGAACCCAUUGAGCCCAACUUUUUCACAGCAGAUUACCAUUUAUUACAUCGUCCGUCGGGUGGAAACAGCUUGUCCCCAGAUGACCCGACAGGUCUGUGUACCAGCUCUGACUUGGAGGAGGGAAUAACAUAUGAACAGAUGCAGACUGUGAUUGAAGAAGUCCUAGAGGAAAGUGGUUAUUACAACUUUACAUCUAACAGAUAUCACUCCUAUCCGUGGGGGACCAAGACUCACCCAACCAAAAGAUGAAAACCCUGAUUUUGAAUGGACUUCGUUUUCCUAGUGAAGUUCAAGUUCUGGACUUCAGCUCUACCAGACACCCAAGGAUUGGGAGCUGCUGGAAGGGCAUGGAAAAGACAAGACCAGGAUGCCUUGGCCCCUCCAAAGCCUCUCUCUGAAGGUCCUGUGCUAGGUUCUGUGGCCGUGGCAGCAUGGGAAGGCUCUGCUCCCCAGAUGUGGUAGACACAGAAUGACAGGGCUGUCAGUGUGCUCCUGGGAGAAAAUGCUGCAGAAUUCACCUGUGGGGAGAAAACUUGCACCUCACAGAACUUUCCUCCAAGUUAAAAAAGAAACAACAACAACAACAACAAAAACAAAGUCAUAUUUUUCAGCAGAAUGUUUUAUAUUUAGGAUUGCAGAAACUAUGUUUAAAGGCAUCUAGCCUUCUGUGUAUAUAAAAAUAGUUUUAGAAAGAGAAAUUUACAGGCCCCAGAGUAAUAAUAUAUUGGGCAAUUCAUUGUAUUCCCCAAUUUUUUCCUUUAUUUUAAAAAAAAUUUAAAAUAGAAAUUUAAAAUUUUGUUGUUGUUGUUGUUUUAAGGAAAGGAUUGGUUCUCUCUUCACCAGUGGGUGCUAGUGGUCCGAAGACAGUAGACAGUAUUUGUGACCUUUGCACAGCCUCUGGGAAUAACUGUCAAAUUGUCGGAUGUAAGUUAGACUAAUAGGAUAUAUUGCUGUACAGUGUGUGUGUAUAUAGACGUAUAUAUGGGGGGAGGGAGGAGAGGUUUUGAUUAGGCAAAUGCUUUGCUGCUAAUCAAACUUAUAGUGUUUUUAGAGCACUUUGAAGAGUUCAUAGAAUCUAUGAAAGCAAUGCAAUAUUCCUUAUUCUAAGUCCCUUCUCACUAAAAUUACCUAUGUUUUAUUGUUUGGAGAUUUAAAAUGAAAACAAGUUAUAUAAUUAAAUGUAUGUCCCAUCUUUAUUCAUUGAGACAUUCCUAAAAAAACUAGAAAUCAGAAUGCCAGAUAGUGUUCCAUUCCUAGAGACUUUGUGAUGGAAAUUUUCUAGAUUCUUAUUGGGCUAACAUCUCUUCAACUGGUUUAUAACUGGUGUAAUAUCCAGAAAUGCCCUUAUUGCCAAGUCAGACUGCACUUCUAACUGCUUAAAGAACAUUUUAAUUAUAUAUAAUUAGUAAUCUGAAAGCUGAAAUUAUGCUUUUUAUUUACUUCUCACUUAGCUCUGGUAUCUUUAUUUACAUUGAUAUAUUUUUAGUAUGAUUGAACAGGAUUUAGUUCAUAUAUUUACAGUGUCUGAAACAUAAUAGCCUUUUGUAUAGUAUAGAAAAUCUCUUAAUGUGAACCCAUACUACUUUUACAAUUUGUUGGUUCAACACUUAAAGGCUAUCCAAAUUUUCUUUAACUAAUGCCUUUGAAAAUUGCCAAUGAAUCUUUGUCUUUAAGCCAAAUUAAUGAUUACAAAUAUACUGUAAUUUAAAAUAACAGAUGCAAUUAGAGUAAUGAAAAAUGUCAUUUUCAGCUUUCAAACCAAUUCCAUUCAUAUGUGAAAUGUAUAUGUAAAAUCCAGAUGCUAUG